AUGCAGUCCAACAAUCAAGGCAGAGAAUUGCAGCCAAAGGGGUUGACAGGUCGUAUGUUCAGGAAGGGUAUGAGGCAAGCCUCUUACACCCAGAUCAAGCCCACCGUCCCCGGUGGCGACCCUGCCCCUUCCACCGGCAGCGUGGCUCCGAAGCUCGAAGAUGAGAAAGAAGGCGUCAAGGCGGGAGAUCAGGAGAGAGAAGAAGAGAAAGAAGGCGUCAAGGUGGGAGAUCAGGAGAGCGAAGAUGAGAAAGAUAAGAAGGGAGACCUUACGACAAAAGCCGACGACUCGCUCGUUCACCUCGAAGACACCCCCUGGCCCGAGGCCCACCCCGAGGUGAUGGCUUUGAUGACCCAGUUGGCAAACGUGCAGCAGCAGUUUGCUGAGUAUGUCAAAGAGCAGCAUACCACCGCUCCCACCCCAGCCCACCCCCCCCCUGGCGCGCCCGGUCUUUAA